UAAGCCUGCGGUGUCCUUAAUGACUAUGGAGGACUGAUGAUCUUUAAGGUUUUACAUAGCAUCCGUGAUUCCACGGAGAUGCAGUGCAGGUGAUUACCCGUCUUAUUUAAGAAUGUCGGAACGUCGCGCAAACGGACAUUCUCUGGUUUCGUAAUCGUUUUUCAAUUCAUAUCGAAUUCUCUGAGGAGGUACCUACACGAAGGGGUAUGAUCCCACGCGAGCUGCACUGAGCUUCAACGUGAAUGCCGUCAAUGAAGAUUACAUUGGCAAUCGGGGAACCGUGGAUUGUCGGCAUUAUUUCUUCUGGUCAACCUGUACUCUUGAUUCAAUCAUCACCGUCGUUGCCUCUCCGCGCUCUUCAAGUCACUUCCCUUCUUCUUUUCGAUAUUUCCCUUUUUUCGUUUUUUUUUUGUUGUUUUCUUAAGUUAUUACUUGUUUUGAAUUUUUUCUCAUGCCUCAUUUUGAUUCAGUGAUUUAUGUUUGGUUGCUGACUGAUGACGAUAUAAUAGUUGACGUUGUUGCUUUUUCCUGCGUGUUGGAAGUUCUAGCGGGAAAGAAUUUUUAUAGGGGAAGGUUGUUUGGUAUGGCGGUGAUGAUUUGGUAGCUGUAAAUUGGUAUUAGAAAAAGAUGUCUUGCUUGUGCUGUGUACGCUUUUACUUUCGUAGUUAACUAGUGUUGCCGUGAAGAGUUGCUUCUUGUGAAGUGACUGCUUUGCGAACGUCAUUGCAAGAGGGUUGGGGGACGAGAUCCACGCUGCAGCUUAACGUGAACUUAGCCACUACAUUAUAGAGUUUAAGAGAACCCGACACUGGUUUGUUAUGUGUUGAAAUCACAAGUUGCUUCGCCAGGGCUUACCAAGUGCAUGUGGAAAUUUGGCACACUGAGAAAGAACAACAAGCGUAACUAUAUGUGGUGAUGGCCACCUGUAAGAACCGUGGGAGGAUAGAUGACAUUGAUACUGAAUGAUAUAGCUAGCAGUGAGUUUCUUUGGUUGGAUCCAGUUCCUGAUCUCUCUCGGACGUUAAAUCAUCACUCGCAAGGUAUUCGUUAAGAUAAUGAUUCUCUGAGCACUUCAGACAUGCACUUCAGCUGGUCCACGAACUCUUUUGUGGUUGGAGUGACAUUUUGUAACUGUGGCGAACAGUAUGGAUCGAGAUGUCUAUGUGAGGCGACGACUAGCAAACUCAAUGAAGUCAGCUGGAGCAUAUUGUAAGAAAAUGAAGAACAACCCCAAUGCCUCUCAAUUGAAGGGUUCUGGAGCGACGGAGGAACUGUUGAACCAUACUUCAAGGUCGUUGCUGGGAGUGACAAUGAACAUUUCCUCAACCCCAACCCUGAUGGGGCUUUCGGACGUCUUGGAAGGCACAUCUAAUUGGCUAAAUGCUCAGAGUAGGAGUUUUAGGGGCAAUGCGAGGUGGAAUAGUGAAAGAGCAAUUAAAUUGAAACUCGUUGAAUGCCUCAAAGAGCUCGAAUCUUUUCAGAGCUUUGCUUCAGAAGGGCUUCAAGAGGAUGACCCUUUGCAACCGAAAGACCUUAAUGACACUAUGUUUUCCACGAGCACAAUCCAACUGAGUCAAGAGCAAAAUGCUGAACCAUAGACAGUUGAGGUCAAGCGAACCUUUUGCAAGGCCCUUGGUGGAAAAGGAAGCGACGUUGGUCCAGUGAAAAACACAAGACGACUUGAAGCGAAAGCCGUACAACGAUAGGCCUGGUCUGACUCCACAAACGCUUCCUCGCGACCAUCGAAGGGGGAUGUUGGCCUUGGAAACGACGACAGAACAAUACAAUUGAGCAGAAAAUCGCCUGUCAUGGCAGCGAAGUCGAGACAGUGCGUCAUGAAUUCUAAUCCCCUUGUAUCUGGUCGGAAGUUGUCAGCAACAUCAUCAAAGAUAAGAUAUGUUAUUGAACUGUCUCCCACGAAGUCUAAGCGCAUGAGUCACUCCCCAAUAUCAAGGUCAAAACGAACUGAGGAAGAAAUAUGACGUUGGCGUCCUGGAAGCAAAUGCGGCUGGAAAGAACUUUGUGGAGAGCAUUACAUCCUCCAUAAAUAGCAAAAUUGAAUGCAAAUCCUCAAUGCUCUCUGAUAGGGAUAAGGAGAUUUUCAACAGAAUGAUGAGUAGAUCAGUGAAUGGGAAGAAAAAAUUCUCCGUAGACAAGGCCUGUGGAAUGAAGUCAAGUGUUGAUCUUUCUGCGGCAGCUCGCAGAGCACGUCGUUUGUCUCAAGUUCUCAGAAGCGAACAUGAAAUCAAGCAUAAGAACCAGCAGUUUGCAAUUGAUGUACAACAGCUACGGCAGCAAAUUGUUGUAAACGAAUCGGAGUUAACUCUUUGGAUUUUGGUUAUUCCAUGGAAACGCUUUAUGUAGGAUGUAGUAGGAGCCUCCUUUAUGAUACCACAUCAAUGCAAACCGCUAGGAUGAGCAAAUUUUGAAAA